ACUUUCCAGAUAGCGACUUCACAACGACACAUCAAGACAUCACUGCACAACGUCAUCACGAUUCUCAACACUCGGUAUCCUAUCACUAUCACACCCUAACAACCUAAAGACCGGGACGAGAAUGUACGCACCCCGUACUUCACCUCCGCCCACGCGAUCAACCUUCGCUCCACAUAUCGCUGCCCCACGACAUGGUGGUCGCUCGGAUUCUAGCUCGGGUUCGCGACUACCGUUGUUCUUUCGAAGAAUGAUCAAAUUCCCUCAGAUGGACUUUGAGAUGGCGAUCUGGGAAAUGACAUAUCUGAUAAUGGCUCCUAAGAAAGUCAUCCGAACAAUAUACUAUCAUAAACGAAAAAUACCUGGUCUCGCGAUGACCCCAUUCGCUUCGAUCAUGAGAUUGAUAUUUUCGCUAGUAUUUCUGCACUUUUUGCUCACUUCCGUGAUAUUCGCAUCGACAGGCUACAUAAUGUGCGGGAGGUUUCUGAAAGUGCCGGGAACGGGUGGCCUUGGAAGGGCUGGUGUUGUGGCCGGUGAAGGAGAGAUGGAAUUCAUGUACUGUCUCGAGAUAGGCGUCAGAGCCUUCUUUCCGGUUUGGGUUUUCUUGUACGUUAUACAAUUCUUGAUGAUGCCGAUAUUGACAAAGGAUUACUGGAUAUCGAUAUUCCUGGGGAACUCCUUAUAUCUGAUUGCAUUCUCAUUCUAUUGUGUUAUAACCUUCCUGGGAUACAAUGCACUUCCCUUUCUGCAUCAUACGGAAAUAAUGCUAUUCCCAAUAUUCGUCCUAGUGGUUCUAUGGGCGAUCAGUUUGUUUGGCUUUAACUUGACCAAACAUAUUGUGCCAAUUCUCUUACCUGUGACGGGGAGAAUAUGAUAUCGCUCCUGGGUCUCCAGGGGAAGCUACUUUCCUUGUGGUUCGAACUUGGCGAAAAGGAAAAAGAAAAAAGUAAUAGAUUUAGGAUUAUCGGGUGUUCUAGUGCUAAGCGGUUUCCUUUUUUGUCUCUCUCGUUCAUCAUUAGCAGUUCGAAAAGUAAUUUUUUUCUAUUUGUAUAUUAUUAUCUUCGCAAUGGAUCGGAGGGGUUGCAUAUCGGU